AUGGAAGCUGCUUCACAGCGCGUUGGCCACCACCACUCUGGGCGUUCGCUGAUGUCCGACUGCCCUCGUAGCUUCUUAGAUUCAAUUCCUUCGCCGAUAUCGCCAGCGCCUCCCGGCAGUUUGGGGUAUGUUAUCACUAAAGAACAUGUUGAUGAAAUGAGGAGAAUGGAGAAGCUAUGUGCUGCGAAGGAGGAGAAGCUGCACAGGGAAUACAAGCCGGUUUUCCUUCCUGUUGAUGAGUACCUCAGCAAGGAGAUUAACUGCGAGCUCAUUAAUGUCGAUAUCAGAAGUUAUCCUUGGAAAAAUACUCCAUUUGCAAUGGAAGCUGCUUCACAGCGCGUUGGCCACCACCACUCUGGGCGUUCGCUGAUGUCCGACUGCCCUCGUAGCUUCUUAGAUUCAAUUCCUUCGCCGAUAUCGCCAGCGCCUCCCGGCAGUUUGGGGUAUGUUAUCACUAAAGAACAUGUUGAUGAAAUGAGGAGAAUGGAGAAGCUAUGUGCUGCGAAGGAGGAGAAGCUGCACAGGGAAUACAAGCCGGUUUUCCUUCCUGUUGAUGAGUACCUCAGCAAGGAGAUUAACUGCGAGCUCAUUAAUGUCGAUAUCAGAAGUUAUCCUUGGAAAAAUACUCCAUUUGGCGAUGUUUACUACUCCCCGAGAUACAACGAUGACCGCUAUACCUACAGACAUGUGCUUCUCACUAAUGGAGUCCGAAAAGAAGCAGAACGCGUGGCAGCAACUGUACCUGGGGGAUUGCUGACGGAGGAAGUAUUUGUGCAUUACUUGGGCAUUGUGUUGUCAAGCGGUUGGUCGCACUUUAUGCUGUUUAACAAGCAGUUCAAAGAACUCAUCCUCAGAAGACCAAAGG